AUGGGAGACGACUUGAAGGUGGUGGAAGUCGGAGAUGGUCUAUUACAAUUUAAAUUCGCUAUGGAGAGCCAACUAAAUUGGGUUUGGAACAAUGGUCCUUGGUGCUUUGACAACCAAAUUCUUGCCUUACGGAGGUGGGAAAAGGGGAUGACAGUGAGAACGGUGAACUUCACCCACCUACCUAUGUGGGUCCAAGUUUGGGGGCUGCCAUUUGACUUAACAAUUGAAGAAGCAGGACAAGACAUUGGACAGGGACUGGGCAGAGUCAUUGAAGUGGACUGCAAAGCCAUCAAAACAGAUCAAGCUUGCUUCCUUCGUAUACGUGUUGAGGUGCCACUAGACAGACCGUUGCGGAGAGGGUGUCCUAUUGUCAGUCCAGAGGGAGACGAAGCCAAAGUCGCUUUCCGAUACGAACGCCUAGUGGGUUGGUGUUUCGCAUGUGGGAGAAUUGGCCAUGAGAUGAAGGAGUGCGAGUCGGCAAACGAUACGGAAAAGAGCAGUAGACCGUAUGGAGAAUGGUUGAAAGCUGGUACUUGGCUCAAGCCUGAAAUGCUGAGAAACAAACAGAGGAGUUUGGAACGGUUCCGGCGAGAACCAAACGCUGAGAUAGAACCAGUGACGUAG